CAUUUUAGUCCUUAUUUUGCAAUUAAUGUUACAAUUCUCAGGAAUCCAACAGAUCCCUUUUCUUUUCUAAUCCCUCACACAAAGCAAUUUUCCAUACCUUACCUGAUUGUAAGGGUUCAGGUAGAAGAUGCCCGGGCCGUGGGACCCCGUCACCUGAAACAUUUAUGUCCUGGCUAAUUACCACUGUGCCGGCCAUGUCCUUGAGUGGCCCUAAGAAAUGUCAAGCACGCGAUGAAGUCGUGACUGUCGAAAAAUGUUUGAUGCAAACACGUCGAGUUUCAAGUGAAGCCAAUCAAAGCCCCCCACCAGUGAACUUAAUCAGGUGCUCUGAAUUGGAAAAUCUGUUGGCAAUCAAUAAAAGCCGAAGCAUAGCUUGGCACAUAAUGUAGACGUAUAAUUUUAGACACGAAUGUGAGCAUUUUGGCCGAGUUUUCGGGAACGUCAACGCCAACGCCCCCACCCCCACCCCCGCCACCAUAUCCUUUUCGACCAGGUGAACACUCGGGCGGACUGUCGUCCAUGGCAACGUUCGUUAUGAAAACUAAACGAAAACAAAUGCGCCCAAAGACAGCGCCAACAACGCUGGCGAGACAACAUGCUCUGAAAAUUGGAAAAGUCAGACAGCGGAUACGGCGGUGAGCAGCGUCGUCGGCAAGUUGGGACAGCUGAGGCAGAUUCAAUCACCAGAUAGAAUCCCACGCACCAGACACCGGAGCAUCAGCAUCAGUAUCAGUAUCAGUCUCAGUCCAAGUCCUUUGCAGAGUCCUUGUUAGUCCUGCAGCAAACCAGCUCCGGCAAACGCGGACGCGGCGACACUCGACGGCAUACUGGGGAACUGCAUCGACAUCGACUCGGUGGCCGUGGUGCAGCACAAGCUGGUGCACAGAAUUGUACGAAUAAAAUCGAUGCAUUGAUUAUUUGGCGCUGACCGCCAAGAACCAAGUUUUUUGUGGCCGAAACCUCGCAUUCCAGUUCCGGCCAAUGUCCGACACGAAGCGUAUUGUAACCGAAUUCGUGUAUUGCCUGCUCCUCAGAGGUGGCAAGAUGUCGCCGCCCGUGCUGUACUACCUGCCGCCCAGUCCGCCCUGCCGCAGCAUCCUGCUGCUGGCCAAGAUGCUCGACAUCGACUUCGAACUGAAGAUCGUCAACAUUCUGGAGGGGGAACAGCUGAAGCCGGACUUUGUGGCUAUGAACCCGCAGCACUGUGUGCCGACCAUGAACGACGAGGGUCUGGUUUUGUGGGAAAGUAGGGCCAUACUCUCCUACCUGGUGGCUGCUUACGGCAAGAGUGACGAACUAUAUCCCACGGACAUAAGAGUGAGGGCUUUGGUGGACCAACGCCUCCAUUUCGAUCUUGGCACCCUCUACAUGCGACUCACGGAAUACUAUUUCCCCACAAUGUUUAUUGGAGCCCCCUUGGACGAAGGAAAGCGAGCCAAAUUGGCGGAGGCUGUGGGCUGGCUUAAUUCGAUCUUGGAGGGCAGACAGUUUUCCGCCGCCGAUCACUUCACCAUCGCGGAUCUCACACUAUUGGUGACCGUUUCCCAGCUGGAGGCCUUCGAGUUUGAACUUCGACCCUAUAAACAUAUCCGCCAAUGGCUCGAUCGCUGCAGGGAUCACAUGGCGCCGUUCGACUACGAGGAGCUGAAUACCAACAAGGCCAACAUGCUGGCCGAUAUGUUCAAGGCCAAGAUGAACCAAUCUGCGGGCUAGCAGUUCUUUAAAUCCGCGUUAUAGUAGCGAACGAAUAAUUCCUAUAUAGUA